AAUCAGCACCCAAAUCAAAUGGGGAGCUGAUCAGGACCCCUGGCGCAACGGUAGCGCGUUCGACUCCAGAUCGAAAGGUUAUCUGUUCAAAUCAGGUGGGGUUCAUAUCUCGAUGUCUUUUUUGCUCUUUCGUCUUUUUGUUCCUCAAACACCUUGUAGCACGCAGGGGUAUCAUAUCCUGUGCUUUUUUAUACAUGUAGGUAUCUCCCUCCUCAAUAUGUUGGCUUGCAUCAUCACAAUUUUUGCCCUAUGGCUCAAGUUGAGCUUGGGACAAAGCUCCGGUUCCUGCCAGGCUGUGACGCAACACUUGAGUGACCCACCCUACGAGAACUAUUUCUAUUCAGACUGCCAUGGUGAUACUCAGGCCGUGGUCACCAGUCCGCUGCCCGAUUCCAAUCUCUCCAUCAUAGGUCCACGGCUUGUAAUUGCCUGGCCUGCUGGAAAUAGUGGCAUCUGUACCUUUUUCCAGCCGCAGAAUGGCCCGAACGGUUCGCUGGCCAUUGAAUUAGUCAACUCUACCCUGGGGGCUCCCUUGGGUCCCGUUUACAGACCUGCUCGAGGUUCUGGAUAUCCAUCCGUAGGAGUGCAAGGAGUGAUAUCCUUCAACAGCUCGGCCACACUUACAAUCCCAAUUCUGGGCAGCGUGAGGACUAUCCGGGACUUCACCGAAGGCCCAAGUCUUCUCCAGCCUGUUAUACAAGACGCGAUCAAUGUCACCAGGACUAACGGGACUGGGGCGACAAUCUCGCGGCUGUGGCUUGACAAUGUCACCACGACGACAUUUACCAUGGUUCCGUAUGAGAAUCCGGACUCUAACAUCACAGUUGAUUCACGGAACAAGACAAUCAGCUUUGGGGCCGGGUUUUACGCAUUUUCCGCCAGCUUCAACUAUCCUCAGCUGACCCAGUUGCCUCCGAGUCGGGUAUUGAACAACGCGUCGCAGAACUUAAUCCAACAAGAACCAGACCAGACCACCUCGCUUUCCUUCCUAUCCUACACUGAAAAACUGCUGGCGGGAGCCUGGCGAUUCCUGACAUAUUUCGGCCGUGAUAGCAUGAUCAGUGCUUUACUGCUUGAGCCGGUCCUUAGUCGAGGCAACGGGUCAGCCACGGAGGCCGUGAUUGGAGCCGUUCUGGAGCGCAUCAACCGCACCGAUGGGUCGGUGUGCCAUGAAGAGACUAUUGGGGACUAUGCCACUUAUCUCAACCUACAGAAGAAUAUAUCAAGUACAGCACCUGGGUUUACAUAUCCCAUGAUUGACACGGAUUAUUACCUGCCAGUGCUGAUGGCGCAAUACUUCAACAGCAGUCCUGACCGGAUCACGUCGCUAUUAAGUCGCAAGGCCGGAUCAGUCGACCUACAGAACGGUAACCUAACGUACGGGAACCUCACACUCAUCAAUGCAGAGAAGAUCAUGAACAUCACAGCAGCAUUUGCUCAGAAUCAGACCGUCUCAAACCUGAUCCACCUCAAACCAGACGAGAUAGUCGGGCAAUGGCGAGACUCUACCUAUGGCCUCGGGGGCGGACGAAUCCCUUUUGACGUCAACACAGCACUUGUGCCCGCGGCCCUUCGAGCGAUUGCGCAGUUGGCACGUACUCCUGGCGUAUAUCCCAACAACACCCGCAUCAACACAACAUCUUGGGCCACGUUGGCCGAUUCGCGCGCGCAGAUCUGGGAAGAAAAGACCCUGCAGUUCUUCGAGUCCAACAUAACGGCCUCGACAGCCCGGUCUCGACUGCAUGACUUUGUCAGCACGGCAACCUUCUACGACGGCCUUAUAAACGAUUCUUCACUACCUUCCUCGGGCAAUGUGACGACAUACUCGAUUGCACUGCAAGGGUAUAACAAUCUGAGCACAGUGGACGUGUUGCACAGCGACACUGGGUUCCGGCUGUUCUUUGUGAACGCGUCAGAGUCGACUCCGGAAGCGGCGGCUCAAGAGACCCGAUUCAUCAAUGCGACCGCCGACAGCAUCGUGCGCUCAUUCCCUGCAGGACUGAUGACGCCACAGAGCAUGGUGGUCGCAAACCCUGCUCUGUCGGGCUCCAAAGUGUUGAUUGCUAACUUCACCAACUCGGCGUACCACGGCACAGUGGUGUGGUCAUUCCAGCUUUCCAUGAUGGCAAAGGGUCUAGAAAGACAACUCGCUCGCUGCAACGCUAGUUCGAGCGCUCAGCAAACUCCGCAAUGGUGUGGUAUCGCCGCUGUGCGUGACAACGUACUCAACGCAUACAAUGUUCUAUGGGACAGCAUUGAAGCCAACUCGGCCCAGCUACAGGGUGAAGUGUGGAGCUGGACCUACAGCAACUCUACGGGCUUUGUGACCACGCCGCUCGGUGCCCUGCCCCCGCCGCCAGGAGUCAGUGCCGGCACUGAGAGCGACGUGAGGCAGCUGUGGAGUUUGACCUUUUUGGCCGUGAAAAGAAACAAGUCUCUGAUGUGAACAGGCAGGCCCGUGAAGUGGUUGUUCAAACAAUUAAUGGGACAAUUGCCCCAAGUACUGAGUCGAGUCGGGAAAUCCUGAGGCAUUGUGCCAUUGUACAUACCUAGGUAGGGUUCUGCGCCCGGUUGGGCCCCAGCUCAGUCUGAAGUCUGGGGCAUAAUAAUGAUGCGCUUAUCAGCAGAUUUUAACAUUCCGCAGUCUUCUUAUGCUAUCACGCUGCUCUUACGAGGCAGUACUCGAGAACACGAAGACAUGAAUCAAUCGCCUCUUUACGAUCUGUUCAAGGAAAAUGGACUAGUUCAUUGAAAUUUUGAAAUGGCUCUGCCACCAUAUCAGACCAAGCUAUAUACGUUCACUCAUUCCCUCAUGGCCGGGGAAUGGAGAAAUUAAAGGCGACCGAUUACAACCUAGCUUGUGGUGCACCCAACUUCUCAGCCGUUUCACCGAGGGCAUAGUCACAACGAGCAGUCUUACUUCUAACCUUAUCAGCGACGUCGAGAGUGAUCUUCCUGGCCUCGACAGCAGGGUUAUACCCGAGACCGGAUUUCUUUGCGAUUUCUGCAUCGGAGAGAGCGGCAUCGGUAUUUUUACGGCCAUCGGCACGCUUGUAGACGGUGAUGACGAUGGCGCCGCCGAGACCCAAGUUAUGCUGAAGGGCGACAUCGAUGUCCUUGACGAGGCGGCCGUUGUUGGCCCAGCCGCGCAACUGCCAGGUGAGUUCGGCACACUGGGCCAGACCCGUGGCGCCAAGCGGGUGGCCCUUGGAAAUGAGGCCACCGGACGGGUUGAUGACGGGACCUUUGCCGCCGUAGGUGAUGUCGCCGUUGCGGACCAUGAGAUGGGCUUUACCCUCGUCGCAGAAGCCCAGACCUUCGAGCGUGAUGAGCUCGUUGGCCGAGAAGCAGUCGUGCAGUUCGCACACCUUGACGGUACGCGGGUCGACGCGGGCCUCGGCCAGCGCCGCCUUGGCCGCGCGCCGAGUCAUGUCGAAGCCGACCAGGUUCAUCGAGCUCUUGUGGUCGUAGAUGGCCGGCGAGUCGGUCAUCAGCGACUGUCCGGCCAUCAGGAUCGCGUGCGACUUUAGGUCUGGCCGCGAAUCGAGGAACCGCUGAGAUACGAUGACGGCGGCCCCUGAUCCGUCCGACGUCGGGCUGCACUGCAGCUUGGUCAGGGGGUAGUGAAUCAUGGGCGACUUUUCAAUCUCCUCGAGCGUGUAUACGUUCUUGAACUGUGCGUAUGGAUUGCGCGACGAGUGCUCGUGCGACACGCGUGCGAUUUCGGCAAAGUCGCGUGCUUCGGCGCCGUAUCUGCAAAGGAUGACAUGUCAGCGAGAGUGAUCAAUGCCGGUUCGGUUCCCUCCUUGCCAAAACUGUGUGGACCAUCAUGACGCGAGGGGUUGGUGCUAUGUGACGCGGGUUGACAGGAACAAAAGAGAGAACAGGGUUUCUGGUGUAGGCGGCAAAGACAGUGUGUUGGCUAGGGAAAUGUGAUAUGUGAUUAAGGGGUUGGCAGCCUUGUCUUGCUUUCCUUUUUUUGGGAGCGGUUCUUGACUUACUUCUCCAUGUAUUCUCUGCCAGCAUUGGCAAAUAGCUGAGCAUUCCUGGGCGAGUCGAACUUGCCUCUGGUCUCGUUCAUGAUCUUGGUAGCCAAGCCCAUCGGACUCGG